AUGCGGUCUCUCUUUCGAAUGUCCUUCACACUAGGAGGUACGAUGGGAACUAAGAUGAAACAAGCUGUAAUGUUAUUGGGAUGUCUGGUUGUUUUGGCUGUGUUCGAUUCUAGUUCUAGUUGGUUGGUUAGAGGCGACACGAGAAAUUGUUUCUGUCGAGCAGUAAGUAAUGAUAACUAUGGUAACGCAAUCCACGAUUUUGGUUCCAUACAGAGUUGUCAUGGUGUUCCAACUUGCGCGUGUCGUAGAAGUCAGAUGAUCACGUGUGGUAUAGAGUGUGAAAGGAGGGUAAAGGAAUGGUGUAGAGUGAGACAUUCAGGUCGAACAGUUCGGGCUCAUUACACUGCUAGUAGCUGUAACAGUGGGUACGGACAUUCUACGUAUCAAUGUUAA